UGCACGUGAGCGUGAGCGCGUGUGCGUGUGUGAGCGUGUGUGAGCCUUAGGGAUGGGGCCCGGUGGCAGGCGCCUUUCCUCCCCCGUCCAUCCCAGGACACGGUGAUGGCUCCAGCCUGGGGUGGGGUGAGGGGGCUGGUGCGGCCCGCCCUCCACUGUGUCCUUCCCCUCUUCCCUCCAGGACAGAAGUGGUGGUGGCUUUGAAAUUUCUCUGAAGGUGGAGGACUGCCCCUCCCCGCUUGGCCCCACCCACGCUCGGACUGCGGCCGCUGCCUCUCCCUCUUCCCCCAUCUCCACGUCCAGCUCCACCACCGUCUCCGUCCACCUCUCCAGCUCCUACCUGGGUGCACUCGAGUUAAAUGGCUGAUAAGCAGAUCAGCCUGCCAGCCAAGCUCAUCAAUGGCGGCAUCGCUGGGCUGAUCGGGGUCACCUGUGUGUUCCCCAUUGACCUGGCCAAGACACGGCUGCAGAACCAGCAGAAUGGCCAGCGCAUGUACUCGAGCAUGUCUGACUGCCUCAUCAAGACCAUCCGCUCGGAGGGCUACUUUGGCAUGUACCGGGGUGCCGCUGUGAACCUGACCCUUGUCACCCCUGAGAAAGCCAUCAAGCUGGCAGCCAACGAUUUCUUCCGACAUCAGCUCUCUAAGGAUGGGCAGAAGCUGACCCUGCUGAGGGAGAUGCUGGCUGGCUGCGGGGCUGGCACCUGCCAGGUGAUCGUGACCACCCCCAUGGAGAUGCUGAAGAUCCAGCUGCAGGACGCAGGCCGCAUUGCUGCCCAGAAGAAGGUACUGGCUGCCCAGGCCCAGCUCUCAGCCCAGGGGGGUGCCCAGACCUCAGUGGAGACUCCGGCUGCUCCCCGGCCCACGGCCACCCAGCUGACCCGCGACCUGCUGCAGAGCCGCGGCAUCGCUGGCCUCUACAAGGGACUCGGGGCCACGCUGCUCAGGGACGUCCCCUUCUCCAUUGUCUACUUCCCACUCUUUGCCAACUUGAACCAGCUGGGCCGCCCAGUGUCUGAGGAGAAGUCGCCCUUCUACGUGUCCUUCCUGGCUGGCUGUGUGGCCGGCAGUGCGGCCGCUGUGGCCGUCAACCCCUGUGAUGUGGUGAAGACGCGGCUCCAGUCGCUUCAGCGGGGCAUCCACGAGGACACCUACUCGGGGAUUCUGGACUGUGCCAGGAAGAUCUUGCGGCACGAGGGCCCCUCGGCCUUCCUGAAGGGCGCCUACUGCCGAGCCCUGGUCAUCGCCCCGCUGUUUGGCAUUGCCCAGGUGGUCUACUUCCUGGGCAUCGCCGAGUCCCUGCUGGGGCUGCUGCAGGACCCUCAGGCCUGAGCCCCCCGUCUGGCUAGCCCAGGGCUUCGUGAGGGAAGAUCGCUCCCCAGCCCUCGCCCUGGACUGGGCGGCAGGGGAGGGGUGAAGGGUCCAUGUGGGUGGUGUGCACACAGGCCCCCUGGGGGUCCUGCCUGCACAACCAUUGGGAUCAAGUCCUAUGUAGAAAAUGCAGAAAUCUUUACAUUCCUGAAGCCAGCCCCUGUCCCAGUCCUGCCCCAGCCUGAACACCCCCAGGGACGGAGCUGGUCUCUUAGCUGGGGGCCCUCAGGCCUGGGGUGGGCAGGCUGGACCCUACCUCCCAGUCCAUCAGCUCCUGUCUCCAAGGCUCUCCUGGUCCACAAAGGGGACCCUGCACAAACCUAUUUAUUGACCCUGCCAAGCCCCAGUGGCUCUACCCACGCUCCCACCCAACUGUCCGUCCACCUGCCCAUCCGUCCUCCCCUGCUGCUCUUCCGUCUCAGCCAGGACUCGACUCUGCCUCCCCGGCCAGCCUUGCAGGGGAGUCCUGUCCCCCCUGUGGAGCUAGGAGUCCUAGGUGGGGGGUCAUGCUGAAUUCUGACUCCCACCUCAGGCCGGGGCCCAGAUUGUUUGAGGUGUGUGUGAAUGUGCGUGUGCUGAGGGGAGCAGGUUGUGCCCACCAGCCCUCAGCUGGCCUGGCCCCUCCAGAAUGGGGCUGUGGGUGGGGGGCUGCUUCCCUUCUCCACAUGGCCAUGCACUGUGUGCGCCCCAGGCUCUCUGCUGAUCCCGUCCAGGAAUUUAUUUCUCCAUCUCAGCUCCUCUUCUGAGACCCCCAUCCCCACCUGGUCUGGGAUUGUCCAGGGCCACAGGCAGGCAUGGGGACCAGUAUGGAGCCUGGGGACACCUGCUGUGCUUGUGGAGGGGGCAGGAGCUGACUCCCAGUCCUCCCAGGGCCCACCCUGUUCCCUGGGCUUCUACACAAGGCCUCUGACCACAGUCCAAAAGUACCCCCUUCAGUACUGCCCUUCCCUGGCCCUGUGAUUGUGUUGGUGACUGAUCCUGAUGUGCUGGUGCUGUGUCCCCAAAACGGCCCCCUCCGCGGGGCCCCUUCCAGUGACACUACCUGGGGCUCAGGCCUGAGCCCCCCCGUUGACGGUUGUUCCUGGGAGCUGCCCCUCCCAUUACAUCUGUACCUUGGAAGCUGCUGCUGCUGCUUACAGAAUUAUAUAUUUUUUUUUUUUGAAGAGUUUUAAGAAGUAAUUUUUUGUGUCUUGUCAUGUGAGAGGAUAAAUAAAUAUUCUAUGUAGACCCCUC